AUGGGCAACCAUGGCUCCAACCUGGACGAUAUUCUGGCUGAAGACAUGCACCACUGGUACAACAAGUUCAUGAAGGAGUCGCCCUCUGGCCAGAUUACGCUCUUCGAACUCAAGGCCAUGCUGGGACUGCAGGGCAUGAAUGAGGAUGCGAGCAGCUACGUGGACCAGGUCUUCUUCACGUUCGACAUGGAUGGGGAUGGCUACAUUGAUUUUGUGGAGUAUAUCGCCGCUGUUAGUUUACUGCUAAAGGGAGAAAUAAACCAGAAACUGAAAUGGUACUUUAAGCUCUUUGAUCAAGACGGAAAUGGAAAAAUCGACAAAGACGAACUGGAGACAAUCUUCACGGCAAUACAGGACAUCACCAGAAAACAUGAUGUUCCUCCGGAGGAGAUUGUUUCUCUCAUAUACGAACGGAUCGACGUGAACGGAGAAGGGGAGUUGACUCUUGAAGAGUUCAUCAGUGGAGCCAAGGAGCACGAAGACAUCAUGGAAAUGCUUAAAAAAAUGAUGGACCUCACACCAGUCCUGGAGAUCAUCGUUAACGGGAGGCUGGCGAAAAUGUGACAAAAUUCAA